UUUAUAGCUCAGAGCGAGGCUGCACUAGAGAGAUCAGGCUCAAACUGACUACAGAUAGAACAGCAGACAGACAGAGAGAGCGAAACGGAGAGAAACAAUGAACCGAUUCGUGUCGUUGGUGUUGCUGUGGACCCUGGCGGUCCUGUCCGCUACCGGGCCCGUUACCGGGGCUGAGGAAGGGGAGAUCUCGUUCGAAUAUCACCGGUAUGAGGAACUACGGAAAGCUCUCGUUUCGGUAUGGCUGCAGUGUCCAUCAAUCACGCGCAUCUACACGGUGGGGGAGAGCUUCGAGGGCCGCGAGCUGCUGGUCCUGGAGAUGUCAGACAGCCCCGGGACGCACGAGGCUGGUGAGCCAGAGUUUAAGUACAUCGGAAACAUGCACGGCAACGAGGCGGUAGGACGGGAACUCAUCGUCUACCUGGCUCAGUACCUCUGUAACCAAUACCAACAGGGCAACGAGUCGAUCAUCGAUCUGAUCCACACCACACGUAUCCACCUGAUGCCCUCCAUGAACCCUGAUGGCUUUGAGAAAGCUGCCUCCCAGUCGGGGGAGCUGAAGGAUUGGUUCGUAGGUCGUAGUAACGCCCAGGGGGUUGACCUGAACAGGAACUUCCCUGACCUGGACCGCAUCGUCUACGGCAACGAGAAGGAGGGCGGAGCCAACAACCACCUGCUCAACAACAUGAAGAAGGCCGUCGACGAAAAUACCAAGCUAGCUCCAGAGACCAAGGCAGUGAUCAGGUGGAUAAUGGAGAUUCCAUUCGUCCUCUCAGCUAAUCUGCAUGGAGGAGAUGUGGUGGCCAACUACCCCUACGACGAGACACGCAGUGGUUCUACCCAUGAGUACAGUGCCAGUCCUGAUGACGUCACCUUUAAGUCUCUGGCGAAGUCCUACUCCCAGUUUAAUCCUGUGAUGUCAGACCCCCAGCGAGCUCCGUGCAGGAAGAACGACGAUGAUACCAGCUUCACCGAAGGCAUCACCAACGGAGGGGCCUGGUACAGCGUACCUGGAGGCAUGCAGGAUUUUAACUACCUAAGCAGUAACUGUUUUGAGAUAACUCUGGAGCUGAGCUGUGACAAGUUUCCUGCUGAAGACACACUGAAGACUUACUGGGAGGAGAACCGCAACUCACUGGUCAACUACAUAGAGCAGGUGCAUCGUGGUGUGAAAGGCUUUGUGCGUGACCUUCAGGGUGGAGCCAUCUUUAACGCCUCCAUCUCAGUGGAGGGCAUCGACCAUGACAUCACUACAGCUAAGGACGGAGACUACUGGCGUCUCCUGGCAGCAGGGAACUACAAGGUAUCUGCCUAUGCUCCAGGUUACUUGACUGUCAUCAAGAAGGUGGCUGUCCCCUACAGUCCUGCUAUUAGGGUGGACUUUGAGCUAGAGUCCUUAGUAGAGAGGAAGGAAGAGGAAAAGGAGGAGCUGAUGGACUGGUGGAAGAUGAUGUCAGAGACACUCAACUUCUGAACACUCUGAUUGGUCCAUAGGGCCACUGGCACGUCUGUGAUUGGUUGACAGGUUGAUUGACUUGUGCGUCUACAAAUGGGUGUACUAUAUUGUGUGUUGUCCCGCCCACUGUACAGGUCUUCUCUUAAUUGAAUUUUUCUGUCUUCAUUUAAUUUUGUUUAAUGGUUGAUGUUGUCAAGGGUUACCCCAUUCCAGGGAGCUCCAACCUUUUCUAGCAUGCGAUCUACUCAUUAUUUAUCUGGCUUUCCAUAGGCCCUCUUCUCCCCUGCAACUUUUCCUGGUCCUUAGUGAACAAGAGGAAGUAGGGCACUAUGUUGUCAACUCUUCCCUGGUCCUUAGUAUACUAGAGGAAGUAGGGCACUAUGUUGUCAACUCUUCCCCUGGGCCUUAGAGAGGAAGUAGGGCACUAUGUUGUCAACUCUUCCCUGGUCCUUAGAGAGGAAGUAGGGCACUAUGUUGUCAACUCUUCCCUGGUCCUUAGUGUACUAGAGGAAGUAGUGCACUAUGUUGUCAACUCUUCCCUGGUCCUUAGUAUACUAGAAGAAGUAGUGCACUAUGUUGUCAAUUCUUCCCUGGUCCUUAGUAUACUAGAGGAAGUAGUGCACUAUGUUGUCAACUCUUCCCUGGUCCUUAGUAUACUAGAGGAAGUAGUGCACUAUGUUGUCAACUCUCCCCUGUCAAUAUACCUAGUUAAUAAACAGCUCUAAGACCCUAUAACAUCUGUUGUUAUGUUUUCUGUCAAAAUACCUGUAUAAUAAACAGCUCUAAGGCCCUAUAAAAUCUGUUAUUAUGUUUUCUCAUUUUAUCUUUCUUGGAUUUAGGUUUUGUUUUUUACAUUAGAUUAAAUUAGAUUACAUUAGAUUAGUUCUGAGUCCAUGUCAAUGCUUAAAUCACAUAAUGAAAAAUAAAAGUAGGUUGAAGAAAUCAAA